AUGGAGCCCCUGCUUCGGAAAAGGUCAGAUUGCAGAGCCUGGGCUACCCUCAGGGAAUCUCCGUCUUCGAAGCUUGUUGCUGUCGCUGUCUGUCUGUUCGUCCGUCCGUCCGUCUCGCCACCGUCGCCAGAGGAUUCUAGGCCGCCACCUUCGUGCCGACAUCGUCCAGCCAGCUGCCCGGAGAGAUUCUUCGACCCGCUUUCACCGCCUGCCGGAGGGGCUGCUGCACCUCGCGCCACCGCCGCCGCCGUCUUCGCCCCCUCUCGCGCGCCGCCACUAUGUCCCUACCCACCACCUAUAUCAUUUUCACCUCUGCCUCCACUGCUCCGACCACCAUCACACGGAGCUCAUCUUCCACCCCCAGUCCCGUCCACCCUUCCCUCCCUGUCCACCCCACUCCUUGGCCAUUUUCGGCUGUAA